AUGUUCUGGUCUGCUGAAACGGUGAACAAGGCAAGUACUACUGAUGACUCAGAGUUGAAACCACUCGUGUUUCGUCAUGUUGAACAAGGACAGGGAGAAGUGACUGUCCCUGUUGCUGCAGAUCAGCUCCCUGAGCCAGCCAGAGCAACAAGCUUGGGGAGCUGGCUGAGACCCCAGGUGCAGGAUGGUACAGGACUGGAGAGCGGCUGUGUCCCUGCCCUGAGCAGUGCUGUGGUUUUGCAGUGGGGCCAGGUGAACAUGCUCAGCUCAGGAAAGGGAGUGUUGGCAAAGGCCCUGCUGGACACUCAGAAUCUUUUAAGAGCUCAGAUUACAAAUUUUACUUUCAACCUGGGAUUUUCGGGGAAAUUUUAUCACACAGGCACUGAGGAGGAAGAUGAAGGUGAUGACCUGCUGUUGAGGUCUGUAGAUGAGUUUUGGUGGUUUCCCCAUAUGUGGAGUCACAUGCAGCCUCAUCUCUUCCACAAUGAGUCGUCACUAGUGGAGCAGAUGAUUCUCAACAAAAAGUUUGCCUUAGAACAUGGUAUUCCAACUGAUUUCGGCUAUGCAGUGGCUCCACACCAUUCUGGAGUCUAUCCAGUGCAUGUUCAGCUUUAUGAUGCCUGGAAAAAGGUCUGGAAUAUCAGAGUUACCAGCACAGAAGAAUACCCACAUUUGAAGCCUGCGAGGUAUAGACGAGGCUUCAUCCACAAAAAUAUCAUGGUGCUUCCUAGGCAAACUUGUGGCUUAUUCACCCACACAAUUUUCUAUAAAGAGUAUCCUGGAGGCCCGAAGGAACUAGACAAAAGUAUCCAAGGAGGAGAGUUGUUCUUCACAGUGGUUCUCAAUCCAAUUAGCAUCUUCAUGACACAUUUGUCUAAUUAUGGAAACGACCGUUUGGGGUUAUACACCUUUGUGAAUCUGGCCAACUUUGUUCAUACCUGGACAAACCUGAGACUGCAAACUCUUCCUCCAGUUCAGCUGGCUCGCAAGUAUUUUGAACUAUUCCCCGAGCAAAAGGACCCUCUGUGGCAGAAUCCCUGUGAUGACAAACGGCACAGAGAUAUCUGGUCUAAAGAAAAAACCUGUGAUCGAUUACCAAAAUUCUUGGUUGUAGGACCCCAGAAAACUGGUACCACAGCCUUAUAUUUGUUCCUGAUCAUGCAUCCUUCCAUCAUUAGUAACUCCCCCAGCCCAAAAACCUUUGAGGAGGUACAGUUCUUUAAUAGAAAUAACUACCACAGGGGGAUUGAUUGGUACAUGGAUUUCUUCCCCACUCCUUCCAAUGUCACCACCGACUUCCUCUUUGAGAAAAGUGCCAACUAUUUCCAUUCUGAGGAAGCCCCUAAACGAGCUGCUUCCCUCAUCCCCAAGGCCAAGAUCAUCACCAUCCUCAUUGAUCCAUCUGAUCGAGCGUAUUCCUGGUAUCAGCAUCAACGAUCACAUGAAGAUCCUGCAGCUCUAAAAUUCAGCUUCUAUCAGGUGAUCACAGCUGGACCUCGAGCCCCAUCUGAUCUUAGAGCUCUCCAAAAGAGAUGCCUAGCACCCGGAUGGUAUGCUAUCCAUAUUGAAAGAUGGCUAACUUACUUCCCACCUUAUCAGUUGCUAAUUAUUGAUGGACAGCAGCUGAGAACUGACCCAUCUACUGUAAUGGAUGAAGUACAGAAAUUUCUGGGAGUCUCUCCUCAUUAUAAUUACUCUGAAGCCCUAACGUUCGACUCACAUAAAGGUUUCUGGUGUCAGCUCUUGGAAGAAGGAAAAACCAAGUGUCUUGGGAAGAGCAAAGGUAGAAAAUACCCUCCUAUGGAUUCUGAGUGCAGGGCUUUUCUGUCAAGCUACUACAGAGAUCACAAUGUGGAACUGUCAAAACUCCUACACAAAUUGGGACAACCCCUGCCAUCAUGGCUGAGACAGGAGCUACAGAAAGUAAGAUAG